UUUGGCGACAUCUGGUGGUUUGUAUGCGGAAGUGCUUCUUCGGACUGGGCCCGUCCCAUUGUUUUACGUCACCAAACGUCACCAGGAAGUCCUCCGGACUCAAAUCGACAUCAUGGCGGAGUACACAGAGCCACACGUCGAUGGAGCUACUGAGGAGAUGCCUGAGCUCUCAGACGGUGAUGAUGAUGAUGACGUUGAUGAUGAAGAGCAGUGGCAGUGGAUGGAGGAGGACAGUCAGCCGGUUACCUGUUUAUUCUGUGACAGGUUGCUAAGUUCUGUAAAAGCCACCCUGCAGCACUGUACAGCUGAACACCAGGUCAACCUGGUAGAUCUAAUAAGAAAAUACAAUUUAGAUGACUAUGGAUACAUAAAAAUGAUCAACUUUAUACGUUCAACAAAAUGUAAAGCAUCCAGUCUGAGCAGGUUGCCAGAUGCUCCUUUACCCUGGGAGAGUGAAGACUUCCUGCAGCCAGUCCUUCAGGAUGACCCGCUGUUGCAAACAGACCCUGAGGAGCUCUGUGGCAGCGAGGGGUCAUGCCUGGCAUCUGGGGCCGAUCCCCAUAAUGCACUUGUGCACAGGGCGCAGGCUGCGGAGGAGAGAGCCCGCUCUUCGGAGGAGGCACUGGCCAGAGCCAUGGAUGACCUGCACAAACUCAAGGUGCUGGCUCAGGGGUUGGUGCUGAAUGCAGAAACGAGCAGGUCCGGCACCCUGGGCGGUGUGGCGGAGCUCCGCGAGGACGAGGACGAGGCCUACUUCAGCUCCUAUGGACAUUACAGCAUCCAUGAAGAGAUGCUGAAGGAUAAAGUACGCACGGAGAGUUACCGAGACUUCAUGUACAGCAACCCUGAAGUGUUCAGAGAUAAGGUGGUGCUUGAUGUGGGCUGUGGCACAGGCAUAUUAUCAAUGUUUGCUGCACAAGCUGGGGCCAAAAAGGUUAUAGCGGUGGACCAGUCCGAAAUCAUCUACCAGGCCAUGGACAUAGUCAGGUCCAACCAGCUGGAGGAUAAAAUUACGCUGAUCAAAGGUCGCAUAGAAGAUAUCAAGCUUCCUGUAGAGAAGGUUGACAUCAUCAUCUCAGAAUGGAUGGGUUACUUCUUGCUGUUUGAAUCCAUGUUGGACUCUGUCCUGUAUGCCAGAGAUCUCUACUUGGCUGACGGGGGCUCGGUGUACCCAGACCUUUGUAACAUCAGCCUGGCAGCUGUGGGUGAUGUACAGAAGCAUCAAGACCGCAUUGCAUUCUGGGAUGACGUAUAUGGCUUUAACAUGGCAUGCAUGAAGAAGGCUGUGGUGCCAGAGGCUGUGGUGGAAGUGUUGAAAGCAGACACACUCAUCUCUGAACCUACAGUCAUACAGACAAUUGACUGUAACAGAGUGUGUCUGUCUGAGCUGGAGUUUUCAUCAGAUUUCCACUUGAAGAUAACAAACACCACAGACUGCACGGCAAUUGUGGGCUACUUUGACAUUUUCUUCGACAAAGGCUGCAGCAACAAGGUGAUGUUCUCCACUGGUCCUCAGGUCACAAAGACACACUGGAAACAGACCGUGUUCCUGUUGGAGAAACCUGUGUCUGUCCAAGCCGGGGAAGAGCUUCAGGGAAAGAUCACUGUGCGCAAAAACAAGAAGGAUCCACGCUCGCUGUGGGUUACCUUUGAACUCCGAGACAGGAAGCAGACUUACAGCCUCCAAUAAGGACAGCCAUCACAUGGUCCUUGCCACGAGUAGUUGGAAAGAAUUAAUACCUUAAGCGCUUUAAAUGUUGGUAUUGUUCUUGGCUUUUGAAAUAAAACAUACUGUAGUAUGAGA